AAUAUGGCGGCUUAUUUACUUCUGUAGAUGCGAGUUGUGUUGGCUUGUUUCUCAUUUCAUUCAUGUCCAAGCUUGUUUCAGAACACACAAACUAUUUUGAAGAACAAACAAAAAUUAUGGAACCUGGCAAUGAAGCUGUCAAAACUACUGCAGACAAAACUAAGGCUGAGUUAGGAGAUAAAAAUGUCAACUCAUCUUUCACCUUCAGAAAACCUUUCCCAGAAGUUAAAGCAGCGACCUCAGCACGGUUGGGUGGAGCAUCACAAACUUUAACGCCACAAACUACAUCAACAGAAAAAUAUGAAGACAGUAAAUCAACAAUUCAAGCGGCUAAACAAUUUCUACAAACAGCGAAAAUAAUCAGUCGACUAGAACUUAUAGAGAAAGCUCUAUUUUCUCUUCAAGACAGCAAACAAAAGACUGAAGAUGACAUAUCAGAAAUAAAACAAUGGAGAGACAACUUGCAGACAGAAAAAAAUAAUAUGGCAGAACAAUUUUGUAAUCAACAAAAACAAAAUCUUGAAAGCCUCAGACAAGAAAUAAGAGAACAAGAUGACAAAAUAAAGGAGCUGAACAAAGAAAUUGAGAGUUUAAAAGAAAAGGAAGCACAGUCAAACAAAACACUAGAAAAACUUUCUCUAAAGAUCAAAGAAUAUGAAAACAACUUAAAUACAAUAAAUCAAGAGAUGGAACUUAAGACGGAUAGUCUAACACAGGAAGUUAGAAUUCAUUGCUCUCUGGUGUCUUCUUUACAAGACCAACUACAGGAAAACAUGCUACAUACAACUUGUAACUUAAAUGAGUUAUAUGCAAAGUUUGAAAAUCAAGCGAAGGAUGUUUUGAAGCUUGAAAAUCAAGUAAAGGAUGUUUUGAAGCUUGAAAAUCAAGUAAAGGAUGUUUUGAAGCUUGAAAAUCAAGUAAAGGAUAUUUUGAAGCUUGAAAAUCAAGUAAAGGAUGUUUUGAAGCUUGAAAAUCAAGUAAAGGAUGUUUUGAAGCUUGAAAAUCAAGUAAAGGAUGUUUUGAAGCUUGAAAAUCAAGUAAAGGAUGUUUUGAAGCUUGAAAAUCAAGUAAAGGAUGUUUUGAAGCUUGAAAAUCAAGUAAAGGAUGUUUUGAAGCUUUCAACGCCUUUGAAUACAAUAAAAUCCCCUUCAUGUAAACCUUACAUCUGUCAACUGCACGUCGACAACAACACACCAGUAACCAGGGGAACCAUUGUUUCUACAUUCUAUAAUGUGUGGGAACGUAACGGCUGCCAUUUUAAUCAGACAACAGGCAAGCUUGUAGCACCAGAUGAUAGCAUCUAUCUCGUCAUUGCAACAUUGCUGGAGAAUGAAAAUAAACUAAUUCGAGUGAAUGUUUUAAUGGGGGAUGUGUUAUGCAAUGAAGUUUUUGUCAAGUCUGCCCUAACAUCAGUCUGUGCAUCAACUGUUGUUUCCAUGAAGAAAGGGGGAGAACUUUUCUUUCAAGUGGCUCAAGCUGAUGUAGGGGCAAGGCUACAAGGAGGAAGUGGUUUCACCAUUGUUAGAUUAUAAAAAUAAAGUCUGUAUUUUACUUACAACAUUUAGUGUUGAAAAAUAAUUUUCUGUAUUUUACUUAAUACAUUUGGUGUUGUAAAAAUUAUUUUCUGUACUUUACUUAAUACUUUUAGUGUUAGAUUGAAAAAAUAAAUGUCUUAUUUUACUUAACAAUUAAUACAUUUAAUGUAAGAUUGAAAAAAUAUAUUUCUGAAUUUUACCAAAAAUAUUUGAUGUUAGAUUUUUUUUUUAAUGUUUAUUUUACCAAAUAAAGUUGAUGUUUUGUUGUUACAAGUUGAAGCUAGAAGGAGGAAGUGGUUUCACCAUUGUUAGAUUAUAAAAUUAUAGUCUGUAUUUUACUUAAUACAUUUAGUGUUGUAAAAAUAAUUUUCUGUACUUUACUUAAUACAUUUGGUGUAAAAAUAAUUUUCUGUAUUUUACUAAUUUCAUUUGGUGUUAGAUUGAAAAAAAUUAAUGAAAUGUCUUAUUUUACUUAAUACUUUUGAUGUAAGAUUGUAAAAAUAAAUGUCUG